CCAGCUCUCGCUCUAGCCUGGCAUGAGGGAAUAAAAAGCCGUGAAAGACCGAGACGAGAUAAGCGUGUCGUUUCGUUUACGAAACACCGAAUCAGCAGGCUAUACACAGGAACAACGAUGCGUUUCCUAAUCGUCCUUGCUGCAUCACCUGCUCUAAUGGCUUUGCUGCUCACUGAGCUACAAGCAGCCAUCAGUCCCGAAAAUGCCACUUACUCCCCAGCGUGUAAGACUCCACAGCAGCCAUUUUACAGCGAUCCGAAAAGCAACGACACUGAUAUUCUAUACAUAUAUAACGAAACCAGCAAGCUGUGCGAGGCUGUCCUUAUUAAUAAAAGUAUCAGUGGCACAUUCGACAGCCGUAUUACGUGCAUCGAAUGCUGCAAUACGAACCAAACGAUCGAUGGUCCGUCCUGCACCGGCAGUCCGAUAGGCGCCUGUGAUCCGUCUACCCCCGAAGCAAGGCUUGACAACGACGAUGCCAGCUACUACGAAUAUGAAUUAACCUGUGAUUACUUAGCCAACCAAACCGAUGCCGCCUUUUACAACACGACUUCAGGUAAAUGUGAAUACUACUGCGUUUGCUCAGAGCCAGACAACAGGACGGCCGAUAUGAAUUUUCAUAUGGGAGUAGCAACGUGCGAAUUCAAGUGCAAGGGAUAUAACGAAUACAUGGAGUCUAAAACUAAGGAAACCAAGACGUCGCCAGUCUAAGGAUUGUUACGGCACUUCAGUGCGUUUCUCCCUACGUAGAAGCAUGUUCUUUCGUGCUCCUGUACUAUAUAGUAUACAUUACCUGGCCCUAAAACAUAAAUAAACGCAUUACAACGUGAA